AUCUCUGGCGGACGCAACCGAAUCCACCGAGCCUGGUUCCGCCUCCUGCCCAUUGGCCGCCGCCGAGAAGGCGCCCGUCGUAUCAGCGUCCGGGUCCCCCACGUGGGAGGCGGGACGAAGGCGGAACCCGCGACGAUUGCUGGCGCCGCCGGCCAGUGGCCGCCCGGUUCGCCCCCCCACGUGGGACGGAAGGCUUUCCCCUCCCGCCGUUGGCGGGGCCGCCCUGCCGCUGGCCAAUCAGAGCGGGAAGGGGAGAGAGGAACAGAGGGGGGAGGGAGAGACGCGCGAGGCGCUCGAGUUUGGCAGUUGGCGGCGGCCGUUGCUCCCCUCGCGCCUCUUCCGUUUGAAAACGAGGGUUGAGCGGGAGGGGGACUGGCGCGGCCCCGCCCCCGGGCCUGAGCGGACCGAACCAUGAGCGGGGACGGGGGGAUCCCCCGGACCCCACCACCCUCCCCGGCCGCCAAGCGCCGCCGCCCGGGCCCGCUGCUGAAGGAGACCGAGGCCGCCCAGGCGCUGACCCAGCUGACGGCCUGGGGGGGCCUGGAAACCGCCGGGCGGCAGGGGGCGCCCGCGGCCCAGGGGGACCUGGAAACUGCCGUCAGCGGGCUGGCGCCCCCUGCUGGGGAGGGGGGCCUGGAAACUGCCCUCCCCCCGCGGGGCAGCCUAGACACCGCUGGUAGCGGGCAGGGGAGCCUCGAGGCUGUCGCCAACGGGAAGGGGAGCCCCAAGACCGCCGGCGGCAGGAAGGAGGACCAAGAAACUUCUGAGGGGGAGCUGAGCCCCCAAGGUGCAGCCGGGGUGAAGAGGAGCCUUGAAACCGAUUCUGCUGAGGAGAAGGGGGUCCUGGAAACCGCUGCCACGACGACGGGGAGGCUCGACACCGACACCCCUGCGGGGAAGGGGGUCCUGGAAACAACAGCUACAAAGAUGGGGAGGCUCGAGACUGACGCCGCGGAGGGGAAGGGGGUCCUGGAAGCCGCCGCCGCAAAGAUGGGGAGGCUUGACACCGCCGCCGCUGAGGGGAAGGGAGGCCUGGAAACUGCCGACGGCCGGGAGGGGCGGAGGAAGAGGAGGGCGGAGGAGGAGUGCUCCAUCAUCUCGGUGGGAGAGGAGGAAGAGGAGGAGGAGGAGGGGGCCGCGGCGGCCCGGCCGGCCCCGGACACGGAGCAGUACCUGGAGGCGCUGGAGGCGGUGCAGCUGGAGCUGGAGGCGGUGAACGAGCAGGCCGGCUGCGCCUUCCGCAUCCUCAAGGCCAAGUUCGGCCACAUGCGCCGGCCCCACCUCGAGCGCCGCAACCUCAUCAUCCAGAACAUCCCCGGCUUCUGGGUCACCGCCUUCCUCAAUCACCCCCAGUUGUCGGCCAUGAUCAACGACCGCGAUGAGGACACCCUGAGCUACAUGACCAACCUGCAGGUGGAGGAGUUCACUCACGCCAAGUCGGGGUGUAAGAUCAAGUUCUACUUCAGCGGGAACCCCUACUUCCAGAAUGAGGUGAUCGUCAAGGAGUUCCAGCCCGCCUCCUCAGGCCGGCUGGUGUCACACUCCACCCCCAUCCGCUGGUGGCGGGGCCAGGACCCCCGGGCCCACGGCCGCAAGAGCCCCGAGAUGGGGCGCAGCUUCUUCAGCUGGUUCGGGGACCACAGCUUCCCUGCCGGCGACCGGAUCGCUGAGAUCAUCAAGGAGGACCUCUGGCCCAAUCCCCUGCAGUACUACCUGAUGGGUGAGAACGGGGGCGCCGGGGAUGACAGCGGGACCGAGCAUGGGGACGACUGUGUGGUGAUCGUGGAUGACGAGGGGGAGGAGGACGAAGUGCAGGAAAUCAUGGACGAGGAAGAGGAUGGCGAGGAAGGCAGCGCGGCGGAGGAGCUGAUGGCGGCGGCGUCCGGCCGUGGCUCAGAGCCGGAGGAAGAUGGAUGAUCCCCCCCCCCGCCCCACCAGCACCCGAAGACAGACCAGGAUCCCCCCCGGCGCCCCCUGCUGGGCUGAACUCUGUGAUUUGAGCUUUGCCCGCGGCCCCAGCUCAGGGCUUGGGGCAAUUAAUCGCAUCCCUUAAGUUAUUGAGGGGGGCUGCAGUUCCCAGCCUGGCCACUGGGGGGCAGCGCUACCCUGCCGCGUCACAAGUGGGGCAGUCGUCUGGGGGGGCCUGGGCCUGCUGGGGUCGGGUAUUGGCCCAGGGCGCUGGGGGCAUGGUGGGUAAAUACCCCCCCCCCCAUGGGCCCAUGGGGCCCUGCCUGGCCAUGGGAGAGGGGCAUUGUGGGUAAAUACCCACACACACACCCCAGUGGCCAGGGGGGGCCUGCCCCUCCAGUGGCCUGUUUCGUGCAGCUCAGGGUCUUUUUCCAUUAAUUAAUUGUGUUCAGUGGUUGGCCGUUAACACCCCCCAGCCUGGGGCCCCCCCGGACCCGCUGCCAACCUCAGGGCUCCCCCGAGGCUGCUUCCUGCACCUCCGCUGCACCCCCCACAGCUAAUCCCAUCAGCCCCUGGGGCUGGGCACGAUGUGAUCUGCCUGUCUGCUGGGGGGCACCGUGGGGCAGGGUGGGGGGCCCCUCUGAUGUCUUGUAGCCGUGGGUCAGGCGCUGGGCUGGCCAGCCCCGGCGCCCCCCAUGGCCGCCCUAUGCAAUGCUACUGAAGGGGGGCGGGGGGUUGGACACGGCCCCCUGAAAACAAAGCACUUAAUAUACGGAGAGAUUUCA